AGGAAACAGAAACUUCCGAGAAAGAGAAACUGCUAGGCAGGGGCAGCCCACACCCCUUCCAACCCUAGAGCGGCCCUGCUCUUCCCACCGCCACACGCCAGACAAGCCUGCUCUCUCACGCUUGCGUUGCCCCAGCCAGGAGAUGCACAAGGAGGAGUACGAAGUGUCCGUGAUGGGGGGCCCCCACAGCUCGGGCCCCCAGACAAGAACCGUGAUCAACAUGCCCAGCGAGAUCUCGGUGCCCGACCAUGUGGUCUGGUCCCUGUUCAACACGCUCUUCAUGAACUUCUGCUGCCUGGGCUUCAUAGCCUUCGCCUACUCCAUAAAGUCUAGGGACAGGAAGAUGGUGGGUGACAUCACUGGGGCCCAGGCCUUCGCCUCCACCGCCAAGUGCCUGAACAUCUGGGCCCUGAUCUUCAACAUCCUUCUGACCAUCGGCUCCAUCGUUGUUUUCAUCAUUUUCUCGGCGGUGAUCUUUCAGGCCAUUUCACAGAUGAAGAAUCAUGAGGGCUUCUAGUCUGGCCAUGUCCCUGACCCUCCCGAGCUGGCCCUGCACCUGGCCUGAGGCCUGCCCCCUGCACCCACACCACCUGAAGCAUUUAUACUCGCACAUCUGUCCACAGUGGGAGUCAAUAAAGUGCGUUGUUCCCGA